AUGCUUUCUGAUGACUCGCGUCUCGUCUUCUACGUGGACGCACCAGGGGAGAACCCUCACAUGGCUCUACUUUGUAAGUCCUCCUUAAGCACCCAUCUGGAUGGUAUUGAACCCCUAACAAGACCCAACUUGGGGGCUGUAUCGAGACUACAGAUUACCAAAGAUAGCUAUGAUUUGACAGACUUUGUCAAGAGGUCGCCAUUCAUCGACUACGCAAGUAUCUCAUGGCAGGCGCACUUGAUAGACGGCAAAAUCAGCCUCGAGUUCGAAAACAUUAUGCGUCGACUGCAGAAGUUGCUGACGUAUGAUUUGACGAUUCUCUGUCGCGCUGCUGGAAGAAUUGAAGAAGUAGCGAUAGCUGGCCUCGAGGACUUGGUAAUCGAUGUCGUUUGGGCGGCUUUUCACCCCAGGCUACCUUUGCUCGUGUUGACGUGCAUCACGUGCCGAAAGAGUGAUGUAGGAGCCAUUGCAAAGGCUGGAAAAGUGAUAGAGAUUGACCUAGAAGCGCUCAAAUCUGUUCAGAUUAUCUUCCCGAAGCGCGGCCUUUUCAUAUCUAAAGAGGCACAAUUAUCCCCUUGCGGUUCGUUCUGUUUCCUAAUCAAUGGCUUCCAGGGUGUUUCAAUCCUGGAUAGCAUCUUCUUGGCGAAAAAGCAAGCAAAGAUGCAUGCACCCGCGGUAUGCGGCUAUGGAACAUCUUACAACGGACGCUUCUACGAAGUAGGUUGGCUUGGUAGGACCACGAUGGUGAACCUGUACCAAGCAAUCGAGCGGCCAAAUAAACGCGGUCUUCGUGAUUCAAUCAACAUGCAUCGACUGCCGAAGCACAUAAUUGCUGUUGCAAUCACCGCAUUUCCAAUCCACGUCGCCCUUGCGACAGUCCAUUUACAAGCGGGCGAAACUGGGGAUGACCUGGUCCGUCUUUAUUUGUAUCUGCCGUAUCUGUUACAAAAAGGACCCCCCGUGAUCAAGAAUCUUCGCGUGACCCUGAAUCAGUUCCGGACCAAGUUGGAGAAAGCUGCAAGAGCUGCAGAUGCAGAUAUAAAUGAGCUCUUUCACGAGAGACUUGGUGAGACAUCCGAGGCAGAGAGCAGCGGUAUGGAUUCCGAAGGGGCCGCAGUCUUUGCCGAUGAAGAUGAAAGUGGGUGGUUUGGGCUCUAA